CACCGCAGACAGUCCCAGUAGGACCAAGCAGUGAGAUAAGCCUAUCGCCUUGGGUGGCAGGAUCUCAAAUCGGUCGCUUAGCGGCCCCCUGACUCCCUAACACCAGCUGGAGGAGUAUUCACCAUGAUUUUUGUCUUAAUGACCUGCGCUUUGUUCGUUCUUCUGGUUCUCUUCUGGAAAAAACGGUUGAAGGCAAAGAAAAAUACUGGUCACAGAUCAUCAAAUCUGGCUUCUCUUGCACUAGCAGCAACUGCUACUGGGUCGGCUAAACGCAAUAUCAAUAAGGGUCUUUCAGUCAACAGGCUCUCUCAGGAUAUCUUAAACAACUUCCCUCACUCCGUAGCCAUGCAAAAGCGAAUACUGAUAAACCUCAGGAUUGUGGAAUACAAGCUGGCUGAACUGGAACAUUUCCUACUUACUCAGGGUAUUAGUGAUGCAGUACCUAAGCGACAAUCCCCUAAAAAGCAUGCAAGAUGGAGUGACAGUGAAGGCAGUUAA